CCCUCCUUUCCCUACCCCUCCUUUGCCUUACGUCCUUUACUUAAGCCCCAUUCCCAGCUCUCACUUUAACUCACUCCUCUGAACCUAUCAAGAACACAACAACGACGACUACAUGGCUCAAACUCCAAGCCCCAUUCUCUCCUUCUUCUUAGUUCUCGCUUUCUUGCUUUCCUUUACCUCUGUAUCGAAUUCCAUUCGUGAUCAUCAACACAACAGCUACCAAAUUUUUGAUGUUUCAGCCGUUAUCCAAAAAACCCAUCAAGUUUUCACUCAAACCCCACAAGCCCAGCAGGAAGAAGAAGCUAAGCCUACCAUCACUGCCACCGCACAACAUAACUCUUCGGUUCUCUCAUUUUCACUGCACCCAAGGGCUUCCGUGAAAAAUCCGCAGCACAAAGAUUAUUCUUACCUCACGCGCGCCCGUAUCGCCCGUGACUCGGCCCAAGUUAACUCUCUCAACUCCAAGCUCGAGUUCGCUCUCUCCGGCUACACCCAAGCGGACCUCAAACCGGUUCCGACCGCCAUCCAACCGGAGGACCUGGAGACGCCGUUAACUUCCGGGGUAAGUCAGGGAAGCGGAGAGUACUUUGCCCGUAUGGGCGUGGGUCGACCCGGUAGAUCAUACUACAUGGUUAUCGACACCGGAAGCGACCUCAGCUGGCUCCAAUGCCAGCCCUGCGCCGACUGCUACCAACAAACCGACCCAAUAUUCGACCCGAGUUCGUCAUCGACUUACCGAACCGUUUCUUGCUCUGCCCAGGAAUGCUCGGAGCUCCAGAUUUCAGGGUGUAGUGGUGGGAAGUGUAUUUAUCAGAUUAAUUACGGGGAUGGGUCCUACACGAUGGGGGAUUUAGCUACUGAUACGGUGUCGUUUGGGAACACGGGUUCGGUCAGCGACGUACCCAUCGGAUGCGGGCAUGAUAAUGUGGGCUUGUUUGUCGGCGCGGCUGGCUUAGUUGGACUGGCUCGAGCCCCUUUAUCAUUGCCUGGCCGACUGAGAGCGACGUCGUUUUCUUACUGUUUAGUGAACCGCGACUCCAGCUCGUCUUCGACUCUGGAUUUUAACUCAGCCCCACCCGGUGACUCAGUCUUUGCUUCGAUGGUUAGAAACCCGAAACUUGAUCUAUUUUAUUACGUGGACAUGGUCGGAAUAAAUGUCGGCGGCGAGACCCUAUCGAUUCCGGCGUCGGUUUUCCAGGUGGACGGAAAUGGGCGCGGAGGAAUUAUAGUUGACUCGGGAACGGCUGUGACUCGGUUGAAUACACAGGCGUAUAACGCGCUGCGCGAUGCGUUUAAGAAGUACGCAUCAGAUUUGCCUUCGUCCAGUGGGUUCUCUUUGUUCGACACGUGUUAUGAUUUUUCAUCUGUCGGCGGUUCGGUAAGGGUUCCAACGGUGUCGUUUUUGCUCGCCAGUGGGAAGAGGCUGUUAUUGAAGCCGAGUAAUUACUUGGUGCCGGUUGAUGGGCGGGGGAAAUUUUGUUUGGCAUUUGCUCCGACGAGUUCACUGUCUAUUAUCGGUAAUGUGCAGCAGCAAGGGACACGUGUCAGUUUCGACCUGGCUAACAGGCAGUUUGGUUUUAGCCCCAAUAAAUGUUAGUAGCACAUUUGGUGCAAAUAUUUAGUGUUUAAAUUUCAAUCGUAAUUAUAAGCUGGUAAUUGCAGAUUUAAGGUUUACCCAAAAAAAAAAAGAAAAAAAGAAAAAGCUUUCCAGAAUUAAAGUUGGAAACUGUGAGGAGUGGGGAGGAGUAUACAUACUUUAAUUGUUAGUAUGGGUGGACAUUAAUUGUGUGUAAAUGUUGAUGGACCAGUGGUGGAUGGAAAUGGUCCCACCAUUUCCACCUAUGAAAUUAAUACUGCAAGUUAUAAAUUUUGUAGUUCCUCGC